GAAGAAGAACCCUAUUACUCACACAUGCGCAAUAGCUCACUAUCGCUAAGGCGCCGCUUGUGGCGGUCCCCUUGGCUCAUUUGGAACAUUCCAUUCAAACACAAAUAAUUAAUACCUUCCAAGGACGCUAAAGUGUCUGAUAAUACAUCGGCGGGACUUUGUUUCGCGUCGCCACAUCAAACUAUGUCAUACUCCGGGGAUAUUUUCCAAGGGUAAUCCGCUUUAGACGUCUUAUUUGUCUGGGAUAUGAGAGCGCUUAAGUAGCAGUACAGUAGCGGCACUGAAGAGUCGCCUCGUCCGUGGGCACCAUGAAGAAAUUAUUCAGCUUUUCCAAGAGGAAACAAUCACCAUCUGGUACACCCAACAGAGGAAACGUAGUCUCUGUCGGCUACGAAGUGAAAGAAAAGGACCUGGGAAAGUUUCACAAGGCUGCCUGGAAGGGAGAUGUGUCCAAGCUGGAGCAUCUUGUAAAAAGCAAUGACAUCAAUCAGGUUGACAAGCAGAACAGGACAGCAUUACACAUUGCUUGCGCCAGUGGAAAUUCUGAGGUGGUGAAGUUCUUAGUGGAGAAAAAAGCCAAGCUCAAUUUAUGUGACAAUGAAAAUAGGACGGCCUUAAUAAAGGCAGUGCAAGGCCAGCAUGAUGUAAUUGUGAACAUCCUGCUGGAAAACAAUGCAGAUCCCAACCUGAUGGAUGUGAAUGGCAACACGGCUUUACACUUGGCAUCCAGCAUGCCAUCCAUCUCCACUGUUGACAUCUUGGUGAAGCAUGAUGCUGACAUCAAUGUUCACAACAAGGAGGGUCUUUCACCGCUGACUGUAUCAGUCCAGGAAGACCACCUAGAUGUGACAGAGUUUCUGUUGAAGAAUGGAGCCGAUGUUAAUAACUUGGAUAAAGACCAAAGGUCUCCAUUAAUGAUCGCCGCUGGCAGUGGACAUAUCAGCAUGGUGCGAAUGCUCCUGCAGUUUGAUGCCGAUAUUACCCUUAAGGAUAACAAAGGACAAUCAGCUGAGGACUACGCAGCCAUAGAAAGCCAUCAUCCUUGUGCCCUCCUCAUUGCUGAGCACGGUACCGAAAGACACCGGGUGGCCUCCCUGUCUUAUCCAGGUCCAAGUAAAAAUAAGGCAAAAUCAGAGAUGGGCAAUCCUUCCCGAGGCGUCAACACUGGCCUCUCUGUAGGAGGACCAGCCUUGGACAUAGAUGAUUUUGAGGAUAAUUCUCAGGCUGAGUCACUAAGUCGGAUCUCCAAAAAAGGCGGCACUGAUGAAUGGGCUUCAUCGGAGGACGACUGUGAAUCACUUGUAGAGGAAAAGACCCCACCAAAGAUGAACCUUAGGAAAAUGCUAGAAAUCAAACAAGGAAAAGCCGAGCGUCUUUCAAGCAAAGGUCAGCCAUUAGCACAGCUGUCAGGAAGUCAGUCCAGUUCGGAAUCUGAUGCCCAAAGCUCAGAAGAUGAGGGCUCUGACGAGGAGGAAGAUGAUGAUGAUGAUGAGGAGGAGGAGGAGGAAGCUGACGAGGAAAGCAGUGAUGAGGAAAGUGAAGAGGUAGAAGAGGAGGACUCUUCUUUGGCUUCUGUUCAGUCCAAUUCAUCUGUAGAAGAUGUGCAAAAGCUGGAUGCGUGUGGUGAUGGCAGAAAAGCUCAGAAUUGUGACCCUAUGAACAGCGCUUUGGAUGAGCCUCAGGAGAAUUCAGAAGUCGACCAGGAUUGCAGGAUUGUGUCGGCCGUAAGAGUUGAAUCCAAAUAUUCCGAUGAGGAUGACAACAUCGGGAGGGAACUGAGUCGAGACAUCAUUCAGACAGUUCUUGAUGCACUUCCAGCUUCCAGUCAAACAAAUGUGGUACUUGAAGGUGAGAGAGCUUCUGAUGAUGGCGGUGAGGAUGGCAGCUCAAACAAAGAAGAAAAACGCAGAUCGUCAUGGGGAUCCUCCUUAGAGGAAUCCGACAAUGACGGCUCAGCAAAAGAGCCCACCAAGGAGUCAUCACAUUCAAAUAAAGGUAGUAACUCACCACAAAAAUUCAACAACAAUGAACGGAUACCACCUGAAGCAACACCCAAGUGUAAGAGUAGACUGGCUACAGAUGCCGAAGAUUGGGAUUGGGAUUCUCCAUCUGAAAAUGAUGAUGCACAAGCUGCUGGAGGAAGCGCAAAAGUCACUCCAGAGGGACAGCUUUUUGGAGGCAUCCCCAUUCUAUCAGAACUUGAGGACGACGACAAUACUGGAAACCAACAAUCCAAGGACAAAGAAAGUAGCAAUAAUAGCUGUGCUGAUAAGGUGAAGGACUGUGGGGAUCCACAAAGCCCAUCAGAUAAGAUGGUGGUCCAAGUAAAUCUCUCCAGACUUCCGGAGACGGCCAUUGAAGCAGAUGAAAAGUGUAUCAGUGAUGGCUAUAAUACGUCCCUACAUAAUGGAGGUAGCAAAGUUACAAAGGAAGAGAAUCCGCCCAUCAAUGCUGAUGUCGCCGUAGGUCGACGUCAUUCACGUGAAAGCCUCUUUUCUGAAGCAUUGCCCCACACAGACAUCGAUGAUGUUGAUUUGGACUCAACCGAUGAGGUAGAGAGCUUGAUGCAUGCAGAGGACAGACACAUUAAAGGUGUCACCGUCCAGAAAGAGGAGCCCAGUGAUGCUGAGAGUCAUGAUAGUGACAAUGAAGAGGAGGAAGAACAAGAACAGGAGGCAGAAGAGGAAAUCUCAGGUGACGAGCCCGAGGGAAGCGGAGACCUCCUACAUGCCACUCAAGACGUUCCUGAAAGAGAUGUUCCCAAAGAUAUGAAAAGAGAUUUGGGCCUAGAGAAGGAAGAGGAAGAUUCUUGGGAUUCCGAGCAUGAAGACCAUAAUGAAGAUAAUAAGAGCAUGCAAGUGGAGAAUCAAGAGGAGAUGUCUGGAGACACAGAAGAAAAAUUAGAAGAAGAUUUGUUGUAUACUCCUUCAUUUUUAAGAGGAGGCAAGUGGAUGCAGGAGCCUUGGUGGAGUAGAGGUGGGCUAAGAGACCGCCUGGGAGAGGAGGGACUUCCUUCUGAUUUGGCCGAAAAUAAACGUAAUAAUGAUACUGAAGGUGCUCAGAAGGACGACAGUACACAAAAAGAGAGUGAAGAGACCAAAUGGGGACUGCUUUUGAGCAAAUGUGAAGGGAAAAGCAAGGAAAAGACAGACUUGAUGGAAGAACUUGGUUUGGGAGAAUUUGACUAUGCUGAAGAUACAUCUGACUGGGAUACAUCCAGCAAUGCCAGUAAGCGGAGUCUCCCUGGAUGCACCAAAAGGUCCCCAACACCUGAAGUCCCAGAAUGCUCCAGUAAGCAGAAAGCGGUGUCCCCACAAGUGCCCAUUGCUACGCCCAGGAAACUCGGCACUGAAGAUGAACGAGCCCUCGCUCCUCAUCCCCAACCUCGUACAAAGAAGAUGGCGCCUCAAGACAGUGACAAAUCAGACUGGGACCAAGACAGUUUAUCUUCAUCAUGCAAUGAGGCCAAUACUGACAAUCACCAGGCUCAGAUAGCAGUUAGUGCAGGCUCCCCGGAUCUCCUAGAAAAGGCAAGCGAGGACGAGGACCAGCAACAGCAGGACAAAGAUGAUGCAUUAGAGUCAUGCGACCCAUGCACGCCCUGCCAUAUGGGCUCUGAUGGUGGAGAUGAUCACGAUCAGCAGAGUCCAGAAGGGACGACUAACGAUGCAGUUCUACCUGAGACGCAGUGUGAGAAUCUCUGGGAAGAGGUUGAGAAAAUGGAAGCAAAACCCACCUUUUUUAACGUUGCCGGAGAUUUAAAGGAGGCCACCUCUGCAGAUGAAGAGUCAAGUGAUGAAGAGGAAGGGGAGGUGAUUUUACGGCCCACAGCUAGAGCAAGGAGGCUGGUCCUCCUUUCUGUGCCCGAACAGAAAGAGUCUGGAUCAGAAGAUUCACAGUCCCCUGACAAUUCCCUGAACGAGAAGAUACCAGACUUUCAGCUCCCUGAAGAACCAGAAGAAGAACCCAUCCUCAGUGAGUCAGCACAAGCCCUCGCAGCACAGGAAGGCAGUAUUACCACAUUUAAUGAGACCAACCCUGAACCUUGUCACAACGUUCAAGCAGAAGAACCUGAGAAGAGCCUCACCAGCUCUGACAGGAAACCAAAAGAGCUUUCCAAGUCCCAGUCUGUUUUGCCAAGCAGACUUUCAGCAUCUCUUCCUAUUGAUUCUGAUGAAGACUCUAAAGAGGACAUGUUUGAGCACGAGAAAGAUGAAGAUUGUCCUGAAAGUCAAGAAGGAAAAUUCCAAAAAGAGGUUGUCAAAGACACUGUGAAGGGGGCUGUUUCAAUGAAAACCAUCAGUGAGUACAGUGACACAAGUAGAAGAACUUCAGAGGAACUCACCAAUAAGAAACCUGCGACUAGGUCAGUGAGUUCCAAAGAGUCGUCAAGACAAGUUGAGGCUUCUCAACAAGCACAGCCGCCUACAACUUUUGAGAGCAGCAGCAGAGCAUUGGUGGAAUCACAACUCUCAUGUCAGCGCACCUCCAACAUUGGCAAAGCAAAAACACCGUCCGGAGAGAAGCCGACGGCGGUGGGCAAGACCCAUGGAACCCCUCAGACUGACAACAGAGAGCUCUCUGUGUUUGACGACAGCACUUUGAGUGACAUAUCGGACGAUGAAGGGAGGUGCCAAAGUGGAGAAGAAGAGAAAAAACAGAAACUCAAAGGAUUGGAGAUGUCCGAAGAUCUGGAUGAGCUCAAUUCGUCAUCUGACAUGACCACAGAUGACUCUGACUUUGCCACUCCAGGCCAUGGAUGUGGCUCACUCUUCAUCCAGAACCUGGACUCAGUCACAGCAGACUCCAGAAGCAUGGUGAAGCUGCAGAACAUUUUCCAUAACUAUGAGCGCUCCAUUCACAAGGCCAAAAGCCGCCACGCCUACUUUGCAGACAAGGUGAGCCUUCUUGAAACGGAGAAGGUGCAGCUGAGAAGCUCGCUGGACGAGAUCAAAGACAUUAAAGCUGUUUUGGAGCGCAGCCGGCUAGAAUUGCAGACCGAAGUCACAAACCUCAAAUUUCAGCUAAGACAGGAGCAGGAAAACAGCCAUAAUGCCACCAUGAUGUACAACACCACCGGCGACAAGCUGAGGAGGACAGAGGAGCAGCGGCAGGUGGAGGUUCAGGAAAAACAGAAAGUGGAGCUCAGUCUCAGAAACCUGGAGCUGGAGAUGCGAAUACUGCUGAACAGCAAGAAACAGCUCGAGGAGGACCACAGUCAGACCCAGACUCUGUUGGCUCAGGAGCGAAGCGCACGGACGGUGCUAGAGAAUCUGCUAAACAGUCACGUGCGCAAGCAGCAGGAGAUAGAGGAGGAGAACAAGAGGAACAUAAGCAAGAGUAACGAGGCCUUGUCUCAGCUCACCGAGGCCAGUGACAGGGAGCGUGAACUACUCCAGCAGAUUUCCAUAUUUCAGGAGCAGCUGAGCACGCUCAGAACAGACCUUGAAAGUUCCCAGGCCAGCAGCAGCAUCAAGCAGAGAGACCUCCAGGAGGAGAAUAAGGCCCUCAAGGAGCAACUGGACGAGGCGCGGCGAUCUCUCAAAGACAACAGCGACACCUUGAACCAAAGCGUCCUGGACUUCAACAACCAAACGGCCACCUUGAAGUCUGAGUUGACUGUGACCGCGACGCGCCUGGAGAAUGAGCGCCAGUCCCGUGAGACGAUGGCGGUGGAAUUGGAGUCAGUCCGCACUCGCUUGACCGUGGCUCUACAAGAGGCGGAGCGUUGCAUGGCAGCUCGGUCGGACACAGAGAAAGCUCUACUGUGGGAGAAAGAGGAACAUCAUCGUCUUAAAGACAGGCUCUCAAGUGACGCUUCCAGCCAGCAUGAAGCAGUCAGCAGCCUCUCUCAGAAGCUGGCCAAGGCAGAGGCGCAGGCAAACAGCUUGGAGAACCAGGCCCAUCAGGCCGCGCUGCAGCUGACGGAGAAGAACCUCCUGAUGAACACAAUGCAGCGUGAGAACGACCAGAUAGCUGCACGCGUGAAAGACCUAGAAGCCGCUUUGCAUGCCGAGAAGGAGCUGGUCAGUCGGGCCAGUGCGCGCCAGGAGGCCACACAGGAGCGCGUAGCCCAAUCCCAAAGUGAAGUCAUGUUGCUACGGCAACAGCUGGAAGAAGCCCAAAACAAAGGUGUUGCAAAGGAGAAUGCUGUGACAGACGCCCAGAAGAGUUUCACUGACAUUUUGUCCAAGCUUCGCUCAGACUGUGAGCAGAGAAUACAGCUGGUACAGGACAGCAAUCAGAAUCUGGACGCGAAGAAUCUGGAGCUUCGAGAACGCAUCCACCAAUUAGAGGAGGAGAAAAAUGAUAGAGAAGCUAAACAAAGGCAGCUGCAGCAGGACUUGGCAGACUCGUUAAAGAAGCUGUCAAUGUGUGAAGCUUCUCUGGAGAUCAACACCAGAUAUCGUAAUGACCUGGAGGAAGAGAAGACUCGGCUCCUAAAAGACGUGGACAAACUACAAGGAAAGCUGGAGGAAAGAGAAGUGCAGUACUUACAAGCUGAGAAACACACCAGCGAGCUCAGAACUCGUCUGGAUGAAAAAGACAAAGAAUUCUGCACCGCAGUUCAGAAACAGCAGGAAGCGCUGUCUGCUGCAGCUGCCUCCGACACCACUGUCAAACAGUUGGAAGAGGCUGUGCAAAGGCUAGAGAUUGAGAACGUCAGGCUGGAGGCUACCGCAAAGCAACAGUCCAACAAACUGGACACACUUCAGAAAUGCUCUGAGGAGGCGGCCAAGGUCAGAGGUCAUUUGGAGGGUUUGGUGACAAACCUCCAAAGUAGUAAGAUGACAUUAGAAGACCAACUCAGUAAAGAGGUGCAGAAGCAAAGCUUUCUGUCAAAUAGUGCCCAAGACUCUCAGGCCAUGUGGGAGGAAGAGCUAAAAAGUCGCUCCAAGCUUGGACUGCGUCUGACGGAGCUUGAAAAGGAGAAAGGGGAACUCAGCAGCCAGAUGGAAUUGGAGAAGAAGAAAGCCAAGAAAGUGGCAGAGCAGAAGAAGGCUGCUGACUCUCGUCUGCAACAAGAAAUGGAGAGGAACACGGCUCUCCAAAAAGAAAUGUACAGGCUGCGAACUUUACUGAAGACUGCUAAGAAGAAGCUGCGGGAUCAGGAAAGAGGCGCCGGAGCAGAAUUUUCCUCUCCAAUGAGCAGUCUCAGGGUGGAACUGGGAAGACACACCCAGGCUGAUGGGGCUUUUGAAGGGAGGAGGGAAAAGGUGAAUGACCUGCAAGGGGAGCUAGAGAGAGGUGGGUAUCAAGGCGGCCCCUUGGACAGGAGGCUGCUGGCAGAGGAGGUACAGAACCUUAAACGCAGAGUGGAGUCCUCCCAGGUGGAGCAGAGGCAGAUGGAGCAUUACCGCAUUGAGAUAGAGGAGAAGGCCCGGCAGGAAAUAAGACAGAAACUACAGGAAGUCAACCUCUUCUUACAGUCCCAGGCAGCAACCCAGGAAGCACAGGACCAGAUUAAAGCCGCCAAUGAAGCUAGCCUGCGCCUAAAAAUCCAAGAGCUGGAGAGCGAACUGACUCGAACCAGAAACGUCCAGCAUGACACCCUCAACCAGAGAGAAUCCACGCGUUCUGAACUGGAGCGAUACAAAGAACUGUACAGAGAGGAGCAGAAGCUCCGCAAGUCCCUGUCUGCUGAUUUAAAAAGGUCUGAAAGUAGAACACGUCUGAAACCGCUUGACUCGAUACAACUCAAUACAAUGUACUCAUAUCUGUUCAGGACAAAUCAUCAGCUCACAGAAACCAGCUCCAGGUUGGUGAAUGAGCACAGCAGGUCUCUCAUCGCCUCCACGGGACCACAAGGGUGCGUGGGAUCCCUGACUUCAACAGCCGGCACACUGGGAAGUCCAUACAGGGGUUUUACCUCAAGACUGCUCAGUCCUUCUGUGGCUGAAGGACAGGGCAGCAGUGUGGAGGACUACUUAGCCAUGAUGCAGCGUCAGUUGGAUAGAAGCAUAUCAAGAGAACUAAAUAAAGCCUCAACGGAACUUGACAUCUCCUUGGCCCGCAUGUCUCCCGUGGGCUCUGCUUCCAGGGUGGAGCUGGACCCCGUUAGCAGAGCAAAGCAGCAGUACUUGGAGGUCCUGAAGAAGAACCAUGAGGUCUAAGAACCACUAGGGAUAGGAUAGUCUCGGCAGUAAACCUUUGAGGUAGACAUGACUUACAGGGCAAGAACUUACAGGGAAAAAUCGACUGACCUCAUCUGGAGGGGGGGAUUCACACGUAAACAGAAUGCACAUUGCACUUAAGCACUCGGGAAGUGGUUGGCCAUACUCUUAGAUGCACUCAUUCGGUUUGAUAAGAUCCAAUACGUAAAUAUCAAUCAUUAAGAGAUCUUAUUAGAUGGAAUAUGUAUCUACUGUCAUGUUGUGGCUGAUCAGUACAUGUACGCUAGGUACACCAUAUACUGGAUGUUGCCUCAUUAAAGGGCAUCUUUAGCAUGAGUUUGUAAUCAGGAGCAUACAGUAUAGUUCUCAGUACAGUUCCCAUCCGGCUUUGAUUCAUUGACUGUUUUUCAGUAUGAUUUAUAUGUCACUAUACAUUUAGCCUUUUUUGGGACGUGCCAUCAAAUGGUGAAAUAUUGUCUUGCUUUAUGCUUUAGGUGUAUUUAUGGUGCGUUUUAUGAAAGCUGAAAGUACUAUUUGUCCAUGUCAAAACAAAAGAAGUAGAUAUUUAAUCAUAUCACUGAGCAUUUUUGCAGUACCGCAUAAUUGUCCAUCACUCUGCUGCAUACUGAAUUGAUUGUAGUUACCAUACAUAUAAUUUAUGGUUUUUAAGAAAGCAAUAUAGGAAUAUGAAUACAGUAUAUCAACAGAAGCCUGGAACUAAAACUGUAAAACGGCGACCUUGAACUGCAAAGCCAAUAAAGAAAUUGGCAUAUUUCCUGGUUUAAAAUGUUAAUUUCUUUAUUAUUAUUAUAUUACAUAUUUGUCAAUGGGCGGCGUGGCGGUCGAGUGGUUAGCGCGUAGACCUCACAGCUAAGGGACGAGGGUUCAGUUCCGCCCUCGGCCAACUCUGUGUGGAGUUUGCAUGUUCUCCCCGUACAUGCGUGGGUUUUCUCCGGGUACUCCGGUUUCCUCCCACAUUCCAAAAACAUGCUAGGUUAAUUGGCUACUCCAAAUUGUCCAUAGGUAUGAAUGUGAGUGUGAAUGGUUGUUUGUCUAUAUGUGCCCUGGGAUUGGCUGGUGACCAGUCCAGGGUGUACCCGGCCUCUCGCGCCAAGACAGCUGGGAUAGGCUCCAGCCCCCCCGUGACCCUCGUGAGGAAAUAGCGGUGGAAAAUGAAUGAAUAUUUGUCAAUGUUCAAAUAAAACAAAAUUAUAUAUUUUUAAUGAUAGCAGCUGAGAAUUAAACUUUUAAGGAUAAGAAUCAAGGAUAUUUUGGUAAAAGCAAUAUAUAGGGAUAUAAUUAAUGCUGUAUAUCAACAGAAGUGUGAAUAUAAAACAGCAACUAUGACCUUACAAAGCCAAUAAAAAUGGCCAUAUUCAUUUGUUGAAAAUGUCAGUUUCAUUAUUAUUGCAUUAUAUCACCACAUCACAACCAAAAAUAAAGAAUUCCUAUGGUUGUUAAGAGAGCAUAAAUAUUUACGACACGGCCUGAAUGACUUAGUUCAUGACUCCAGAUUGCAGGUGUCCCGUUUUCCUUAUGAGGAAAAAAAAACAUUUCCAUCAAUAUUUCAUAUCUUGUCCGCCCCUCAUUAGUUGUAUUUUCAUAUAUUUCACAAAUACUGUAAAAGAAAGAAGGUAUGCGGCGGUUAAAACAACUAUUCCCCUCACUUAUUCAAAUGAGACAACUUGCGUCUUUUCCCGGCUUUGAUCCCCCCUCAGUGCGUCAGCCUCAAAUGUUAGAUAUUCAAAUGUGGUCACAUUUUAUUUUGGUUUGCUUUACAGCAGAUGGGCACAUCUGACAGACUUGACUAUUAAAUGUUAUUAUUUUUCUUUUUCCCUUCCCCCUCCCGAAUAGAUGCCACUUCAUAGAUGUAAGACACGUAAAGCUUCUUUUGAUUGAGGAGGUUAUGAGCAUCACAUGAACGUGCAGGCAAGCAUACAAAUAGACACGUUGUGAAUUAAAGAAGAAAAGGAGUUGAAAGGCCUGUUUUUGAGAAGUUCUGAUGGUUAAGAAUGAAAGUCUCGUAGUCAGGUCGUCUGUUGUCUGUGAUGCCCAGUCAAAAAAAAAACAGACACAAUUGUCCACAGGGGCAAUUUUUUUUGGAAGUCUUGUCAUGUAUGAAUGCAUUUAUCAAACUUUUUACUGCUGCUUUAAUGAUGCUCAGUAGUAGGAACGUUUGUUCAUUUUAUUUUAAUAAUCUACAUCUCGCUUUAACUCCUUCAGGUUCAACUUUAAAGGGGCCCUGUCCUGCACACUUUCCAGACUUAUGUUCAGUGGUGUAAAAAGUGUUUAAUUUCCAAUUCCUAAUUUUUUAGAUAAUCAAAUUGAAAUAUGUAUUAGUCAAUGACAACACAAAAUGCAGUUUUGAAAUGCAACUUUUUAUUUUUGAGGGAGAGAAAGAAAUCCAAACCUACAUGGCCCUGUGUGGAAAAAGUGCUACUAAACCCAAUAACUGGUUGGGCCACCCUUAGCAGCAACAACUGCAAUCAAGCGUUUGCAACAACUUGUGUUGAGUCUCUUACAGUGCCGCGAAGGAAUAGGAAUAAGCCACUCCAAAUUUUUCAUUUUGUUUCUCUUCAGCCAUUCAGAGGUGGACUUGCUGGACUUGUUUUGGAUCAUUGUCCUGUUGCAGAACCCAAGUUGGUUUCAGCUUGAGGUAACAAAAAGAUGGCCAGACAUUUUCCAUCAGGAUUUUUUGUUAGACAACAGGAUUAUUGGUUCCAUUAAUCAUAACAAGUCUUCCAGGUCCUGAAGCAACAAUUAAGCCCAGACCAUCACGCUACCACCACCAUAUUUUACUGUUGCUAUGAUGUUCUUUUUCUGAACUGCGGCGUUACUUUUACACUAGAUGUAAUGGGACACACACUUUCCGAAAUGGUGCUGAUUGAAAUUACAGAGGAAAACACUAAUACCAUAAAUAAUAGAAAGUGUGCAGCUGCAGUAUUCAUGGAUCUGACAAAAGCCUUCAAUACCUUCAAUCAUGACAUCCUAAUAACUAAAUUAGAAAGGUAUGGAAUAAGAGAAUUAGUCUUGAAUUGGGUCCAAAGCUACU